AGUGCUGUUUUGUUUUGGUGUUUGCGUCAUUUCGUCAACCAAGCCGAGUCCGUUUUCCGAUUUUCCGUGUUCGAUUUUCGAUUUAUCCCAAAAAGACCGAAGAUGAAGCGCAAAAGCAGUUCCAGAAAAAGGACCAAGGAGGACGAGAACGGUACGAGCAGCAUGGACGAGAACGGCCAAGACGAGCAACUACUGGAGAAGAAGAGAAAAAGAUCCAAAUCCAGACGAUCAAAGUCGAGAAAUGAUUCGGAACAGAGUGAAGAAGAAAGCGAAAACGGCGCACAGGAUUCCAAUGACGCAGAUCCUCUAGGCGAAGAUGGUGAAGAUGCAGAAUAUGAGGUCGAGGCCAUAUUGGACGAGAAAAUGAUCAGAGGCGUACGCCACUUCCUCAUCAGAUGGAAGGGCUACACCGACGAGAGCGACACCUGGGAACCGGAGAAGACGCUAGAUUGCGCCGACCUGAUCAAGGAGUACACGAAACGACAGAAGAAGGAGGCGAAAAAGAAGAAGUCGAAAAAGUCGGGCGACUCCUCGGCCACCUGGGACGAGAACGAGGACUUCGAGGUGGGCCGCAUCCUGGACGUGUACUUCCACAAGGACGGCAAGCGGGACUUUUUGGUCUCGUGGAAGGGAUAUCCGCCGGCACAAAAUUCCUGGGAGCCUGAAGAAAACAUGGACUGCAAGGAUCUGAUCAAUAAGUUCAUGCUUAAGGUCGAGGCAGCUAAACAAUUCGAGGGCAAAGAAACAAAACUAAGGACAAGCCGUAAGCCAGUGGAAAGACUCGAAUUUUCGAUGCAUGAGCACAGCAGAAGACUCAGCAAGAGGUACAGAGGAAAAGAGAGGGUCCAUUAUUUCGAUGCAGAAUAACUUUACAAAUACCAACCAAAAAA